AUGAACAGCUCCUGCCCCGGGGCCCGAUAAAUCCUUAGAGGCCGUAGUGAUUAGCCGAGGGGACAGCCCCGCCCUUGGCUCUUCCAGGCCCUCACUCCCCACCUCGCGCCGUCGCCGCCCCGCCUCCUUCUCCCGCCCGCCUGUCCUGCUGCGAGGUGACACGGGACUUCGGCUGGGGAAGGGGGCGAGGGAAGUAAGUUAGAUGUCGGCCUGGCGGCCUUGGCGCAGCCCCCAACAUUAUUUAAUCGCCCAACUACCACUGAUGAAGAUAAGUUGGAGUAACUGCUUGAACUGAAUUUUACUGACCAGAAUAGAGUCCAUUUGUUCCACUUCUUUUUGUUCUCCCUACUGCUUUGAGCUUUACUGUAACGGCUGAAAAACUUGGAAAAUAAAAUGAACAUGCUGUGGUCUUGAACAUAAUUUUUUUUUUUUUUUUGAGGAAAAAUUAAAGUGCCAGAGUGAAAGCCAGAAUGGCAUCCAGAGAGAGGCUCUUUGAACUUUGGAUGCUUUAUUGUACAAAGAAAGAUCCAGAUUACCUGAAGCUCUGGUUGGACAGUUUUGUUUCUAGCUAUGAACAGUUCUUAGAUGUUGACUUCGAAAAGUUGCCUACCAGGGUAGAUGAUGUGCCUCCAGGAAUAUCUCUGCUUCCUGAUAAUAUUCUGCAGGUUCUAAGGAUCCAGCUACUACAGUGUGUUCAGAAAAUGGCAGAUGGGUUAGAGGAACAACAACAAGCUUUGUCAAUUUUGCUUGUCAAGUUCUUCAUUAUUCUUUGCAGAAAUCUAUCUAAUGUGGAAGAAAUUGGGACUUGCUCAUAUAUUAAUCAUGUCAUCACUAUGACAACACUCUAUAUUCAGCAAUUAAAAAGCAAAAAAAAAGAGAAGGAAUUGGCAGAUCAGACAUCUGUUGAAGAAUUUGUGAUCCAUGCAUUGGCGUUUUGUGAAAGUUUGUAUGAUCCAUAUCGGAAUUGGAGGCAUAGAAUUUCAGGACGAAUCCUUAGUACUGUGGAAAAGAGCAGACAGAAAUAUAAACCAGCUUCUCUCACAGUGGAGUUUGUCCCUUUCUUUUAUCAGUGUUUUCAGGAAAGUGAACAUCUCAAGGAAAGUCUUAAGUGUUGCUUAUUGCAUCUCUUUGGAGCCAUUGUAGCCGGUGGGCAGAGGAAUGCUUUGCAAGCAAUUUCUCCAGCCACCAUGGAAGUUCUUAUGAGAGUUUUGGCAGAUUGUGAUUCCUGGGAGGAUGGAAAUCCUGAAGAAGUGGGUAGGAAGGUAGAACUUACUCUGAAGUGCCUUACAGAAGUAGUACAUAUCCUUCUCACUAGCAGCUCUGAUCAGCGUCAGGUGGAAACCAGCACUAUUUUGGAGAACUAUUUUAAAUUGCUAAAUUCAGAUCAUUCGGCUUUACCUAAUCAAAGGAGGUCCAGACAGUGGGAAAGCCAGUUCAUAGCUCUGCAGAUCAAAAUGUUGGAUACCAUCACAGCCAUGUUAGACUGCACUGAUAGGCCUGUUCUUCAGGCCAUUUUUCUUAACAGUAAUUGCUUUGAACAUCUCAUACGACUGUUACAGAAUUGCAAGGUGUUUCAGGGACAGUUGGAUUGUUUGGCUAUAUCAACCAUUCAGGCUUUGACAGCAGUAAUGAACAAAUCUCCAGCUGCUAAGGAAGUAUUUAAAGAAAGAAUUGGUUAUACACAUAUGUUUGAGGUUUUAAAAUCCCUGGGUCAGCCACCACUGGAACUACUUAAAGAACUUAUGAAUAUGGCUGUAGAGGGUGACCACACUUCAGUUGGGAUUUUGGGCAUUAGUAAUGUCCACCCUCUCUUGCUUCUUAUCCAGUGGCUUCCAGAGCUAGAAUCCCAUGAUCUGCAAAUCUUCAUCUCUGAUUGGCUGAAAAGAAUUUGUUGUAUUAAUAGGCAGAGUCGAACUACUUGUGUCAAUGCAAACAUGGGACUUCACAUCAUCAAAACUCUUGAUUCCCAUUCUUCCCUCCAUCGAACUUGUGCUGAGAACUUGAUUGCACUUCAUGGUUCCUUGGGGAGUCAGUCAGUGAGCUCAGAAGAAAUACGUCGACUACUAAGAUUGCUGAGAGUGGAUGAAUCUGAGUAUAUUCACCCUUAUACCACUCCUGUGACUCGAGCAAUUCUGACAAUGGCCCGAAAACAAAGUCUAGAGAGCGCACUGCAGUAUUUUAAUUUGUCACAUAGUAUGGCAGGAAUUUCUGUGCCUUCCAUACAGAAGUGGCCAGGGUCUGCUUUUUCUUUCAAUGCUUGGUUUUGCUUAGAUCAGAAUCAGUUGACUCUUGGCAAUACUAACAAAGGAGGAAAAAGAAAACAAUUGUACAGCUUCUUUACAGGAAGUGGCAUGGGUUUCGAAGCUUUUAUUACCCAUUCAGGUAUGUUGGUUGUGGCAGUGUGCACAAAAAGAGAAUAUGCUACAGUUAUGCUUCCUGACCACAGUUUCUGUGAUUCCCUCUGGCACAACAUAACCAUUGUUCACAUGCCUGGAAAAAGACCCUUUGGUCAGAGCCUUGUCUAUAUCUAUGACAACGGACAGCAGAAGGUCUCUGCCCCUCUCAGAUUUCCUGCCAUGAAUGAACCUUUUAUUUCCUGCUGCAUUGGUUCAGCUGGGCAAAGAACCACCACUCCUCCACCUUCCCAAAUCCCAGAUCCACCUUUUUCUUCCCCCAUUACCCCUCAUCGGACAUCAUUUGGUGGAAUUUUGUCAUCAGCCUCCUGGGGGGGAACACUUGAAAAAUCAAAAUUGAUUACCAAAUUGAUAUCAGCUGGAACCCAAGAUAGUGAAUGGGGAUGCCCCACAUCUCUGGAGGGUCAGCUAGGGUCUGUUAUCAUCUUCUUUGAAGCACUGCAGCCUCCUCAAGUGAAGGCAUUAUAUUUAGCAGGUCCAAACUGUUUAAGCCCUUGGAAAUUUCAGGAGUCUGACAUGGCUGAACUGCAUGGUAACAUCCUUCUUCAUUACACUGCAAAGGCCUGCAAAAAUUCAAUCUGUCUUGAUUUAUCUACUAAUUGUUUGCAUGGAAGAUUAACAGGAAACAAAGUAGUGAACUGGGACAUUAAGGACAUCAUAAACUGCAUAGGUGGAUUAAAUGUACUGUUUCCUCUGUUGGAACAAAUCAGCCACUUUGGUGAAGGACAGAUUUCUGAAGGAAUGAAUGAAAGUUCAGUUUCUGAAUUAAUAACGCCUGUAGAAGGAGAUUGGGUCAUAUUGACCUCCACAAAGGCAUCAGAGUCAAGAUUAGAAAGAAAUUUAAUUGCAACAUUUAUCUUGAUUGUGAAACACUUCAUUCAAAGACAUCCUAUCAACCAGGACAAUCUUAUUCAUUGCCAUGGAGUUGCCACUCUUGGUGCCUUACUUCAGAAGGUGCCAAGCUCCUUGAUGGAUGUUAAUGUACUGAUGGCAAUUCAGUUACUAAUUGAACAGGUAUCAUUAGAGAAAAAUAUACAGCUCCUGCAGCAAAUGUAUCAAUAUUUACUCUUUGACUUCCGUAUUUGGAACCGUGGAGAUUUUCCCUUUCGAAUUGGUCACAUACAGUAUCUUUCCACCAUCAUCAAAGACAGCAGGAGAGUUUUCCGAAAGAAGUAUGGUGUGCAGUUUCUCCUCGAUACACUUAGGAUUUAUUAUGGGAGUGAUUGUAAAUAUAGUGAGCUGUCUCUAGAUGACGUUCGAACAAUAAGGACUUCUUUGUAUGGACUAAUUAAAUAUUUUCUGUGCAAAGGUGGAACUCAUGAAGAGAUACAGAGUAUUAUGGGUUACAUAGCUGCUGUCAAUGAAGAAGAACAGCUCUUCGGAAUUUUGGAUAUGCUCUUCAGUCUCCUCCAUACCAGCCCAACUAGAGGUCAGCUUUUCUUACUGCUGUUUGAACCAGGAAAUGCUGACAUACUUUAUGCCUUGCUCUUAAAUCAGAAGUACUCUGACAGACUAAGAGAAAUAGUUUUUAAGGUUAUGGAACAAAUGUUGAAAUGCACAAAUGUUUAUGAACGAAGUAAACAACGUAUUCGGCUCAGAGAAGUUGGCUAUUCAGGAUUGGGACUUCUUCUUAAUGAAGCACCCAUUAAUACCUCUCUCAUUAAAAGCCUCAUCAAUCAGAUUAUAAAUACAGAUCCUGCUAUUAAUUUCAAAGACCUGUUGUCUGUGGUAUAUAUAUCUCACAGAACACAUAUAAAUGUCAGGGUGGUUAUCUGCAGAAAGAUUUUACAGAUUUUGCAGUCCCAGCCAGAUGCAGCACAUCAAAUAUCUCAACAAGUGGGUUGGCAAGACACUUUAGUUAGGCUUUUUUUAAAAACAAAUUUUGAAAAUGGAAAUACUCUCCAUAAGCACAGUAGGGCUAUUUCAAUGAAAGACAGUGAUAAAAAUUUCUCAGCUGAAGAUAUUAAGAGGAACUCUGAUGAAAAGAUCGAUGAGGAAAGAAUCAACUCUUUUGCCUCAGCUAAUGUGUCUUCAGAUCAGUGGAGUUUAGAGGAUAGACACUCUCUAGACUCACACACACCAUUAUUUCAAGAAGAUAGUUCUGUGGGAGAAUUAUCUUUCAAAUCAGAGAAUCAAGAAGAAUUCUGGAAUAAUAACCCUUCACAUUUGAGUUUAGAUCUCAGUGGAAUAGACUCAUGUGAACUGAGUGACAGUGGAAGUCACAUGCCAGACAGCCUGCCUAGCACGCCAUCCCCAAUAGAAUCUACUAAAUCAUUUUCUGUGCAUUCUGACAAAGAGAGCAGCAUCAUAAAUGAUCCAGGGUUUGGUGAUGACUUCUCUUUACUUGAAAGCCAAGAGAGAUGUGAGGAGGAGCUUCUUCAAUUACUGACAAAUAUUUUGAACUAUGUAAUGUGUAAGGGACUAGAAAAGUCUGAUAAUGGUACUUGGAUUGAACGGGGACAAGUGUUUUCAGCACUAACUAAACCAGGAAUAUCCAGUGAACUACUUCGACCCUCAGAUGAAAUAAAAUUAAUUUUGCUACAGAACAUGUUAGAAUGGACAGUCACAGAAAACAGAGAAUCAAAAACGAAUCCAGUAACUGCUGAAAAUGCCUCCCGACUCAUCCUGAUCAUACAGGACUUUCUGCAGUCAGAGGGCCUUGUUAAUUCAAACAUGUGGACUGAGAAGCUUUUAGACGAUCUGAUGCUACUCUUUGAUGGUCUGUCAGUUUGGUAUUCUGAAGGUCAAGUAUGGGCAAAACUGCCUCAAAUUCAAAUCCAGUUGCUUCUAGGAUUCAUUGGAAGGGGAAAUUUGCAGGAGUUUUUUGUGGAACCAUUUAAUAGAAAAGCCCGCCAAGAGAACUUGAGGUAUAAUAAUACACUUAAACAACUUAGCAAUCAACAGUUAAUCACUCUGAGACGCUGGAAGGCAGUACAGCUCUAUCUUACAUCUGAAAGGGGACCUUGGGCUGAAAGGAAACAAAAUCCAAUUCACUGGAAACUAGCUAAUGUAGAAAAUUAUUCCCGCAUGAGACUUAAAUUGGUGCCAAAUUAUAACUUCAAAACUCAUGAAGACGCUAGUGCUCUCAGAGAUAAUCUAGGCAUCCAACACUCACAGCCUUCCAGUGAUUCAUUGCUUUUGGAAGUAGUGAAACAAGUAAAAGUUAGCAAUAUGGAGGAGGAUAAAUUAGACCUUCCUGAAGAAGACUUAACAGCCAGAGGAAAUAUUGAUGAGAAAGAAGAACAGGAUCAAAAAGAAAAAUUGGUCUUGUCGGAAGAUUGUGAACUCAUUACAAUAAUUGACGUAAUUCCUGGCAGAUUAGAAAUCACUACUCAACACAUUUACUUCUAUGAUUGCAGUAUUGAAAAAGAAGAUGGAGUAGGCUUUGAUUUCAAGUGGCCUCAUUCUCAAGUUCGAGAGAUUCAUCUGCGGCGUUACAAUUUAAGGAGGUCAGCUCUUGAGAUUUUUCAUGUUGACCAAUCCAACUACUUUCUCAAUUUCAAAAAAGAGGUUAGAAACAAAGUAUAUAGCAGACUGUUGUCACUUCAUUCUCCAAAUAGUUAUGGAACCAGAUCACCACAGGAAUUAUUCAAAGCAUCAGGAUUGACACAGAAAUGGGUGAACAGAGAGAUAUCCAAUUUUGACUACCUCAUUCAAAUAAAUACAAUGGCAGGACGAACCUAUAAUGACCUUGCGCAGUAUCCUGUGUUUCCCUGGAUUUUACAAGAUUAUACGUCAGAAGAGUUGGACCUUAAUAACCCAUCUGUAUUUCGAGAUCUUUGCAAACCAAUUGGAGUAGUUAAUGAUAAAAAUGCCAAAGCCAUGCGAGAAAAAUAUGAAAAUUUUGAGGAUCCCAUGGGAACUAUUGAUAAAUUUCAUUAUGGUACUCACUAUUCAAAUUCUGCUGGGGUUAUGCACUAUCUUAUUCGUACAGAACCAUUCACCACCCUCCACAUCCAGCUUCAGAGUGGAAGGUUUGACUGUGCAGAUCGACAGUUCCAUUCCAUCCCCGCCACAUGGCAGGCUCUCAUGGACAACCCAUAUGAUGUGAAGGAACUUAUUCCUGAAUUCUUCUAUUUCCCAGAGUUUUUGGAAAAUCAAAAUCAAUUUAACUUGGGUUGUCUACAAGUUUCCAAAGAAGUAGUAAAUGAUGUCAUUCUCCCCAAAUGGGCUAAGUCAGCUGAAGAUUUCAUCUAUAAACAUAGGAAAGCUCUGGAGUCUGAAUAUGUUUCUGCUCAUCUUCAUGAAUGGAUAGAUCUGAUUUUUGGCUAUAAACAGAGGGGGCCAGCGGCAGUGGAAGCACUCAAUGUUUUCUAUUACUGUAGUUAUGAAGGAGCUGUGGAUCUGGAUGCCUUAACAGAUGAGAAGGAAAGAAAAGCCUUAGAAGGGAUGAUUAAUAAUUUUGGGCAGACACCUUGUCAACUGUUAAAGGAACCACAUCCUCCUAGAUUGUCAGCAGAAGAAGCAGUGCAGAAGCAGACCAAAACAGACACUUCAACCCUAAACCUAUUUCAACACCUCUCUGAACUCAAGUCAUUUUUUAUAGAGGGAAUUAGUGAUGGCAUUCCACUAAUAAAGGCCAUUGUCCCCAAAAAUCAGUCUCGUUCUUUUAUGUCUCAAGGCAGUCCUGAGUUACUGAUAACAGUAAGCAUGAAUUACAUUGUUGGAACCCAUGGAUGGCUGCCUUAUGACAGAAACAUUUCUAAUUACUUUACAUUCAUCAAAGAUCAAACUGUAACAAAUCCAAAAACUCAGCGUAGUAUGAAUGGUCCUUUUGCUCCAGGGCUGGAGAUCACUUCUAAGCUAUUCAUAGUAUCACAUGAUGCGAAGUUGCUUUUCAGUGCUGGACACUGGGAUAAUAGCAUUCAAGUGAUGUCACUUACAAAAGGCAAAAUUAUUUCACACAAUAUCAGACACAUGGAUAUUGUGACUUGUUUAGCUACAGAUUACUGUGGAAUACAUUUGAUUUCUGGUUCCAGAGACACUACAUGUAUGAUAUGGCAAAUAACACAACAGGGAGGUGUUCCUGUGGGCUUAGCAUCUAAACCCUUUCAGAUUCUGUAUGGACACACUGAUGAAGUAUUGAGUGUCGGCAUCAGCACUGAACUAGACAUGGCAGUGUCAGGAUCAAGGGAUGGCACUGUGAUUAUACAUACCAUUCAGAAAGGUCAAUACAUGAGGACUUUACGGCCACCUUGUGAGAGUUCUCUGCUCCUGACUAUUCCUAAUUUGGCUGUAUCUUGGGAAGGACAUAUUGUCAUCUAUUCCAGCAUUGACGAAAACACCAAUCUCAAGGAUAAGAAUGCGUUACAUCUGUUUUCCGUAAAUGGCAAGUAUCUAGGGUCCCAAGUCCUGACAGAACAAGUAUCGGAUAUUUGUAUCACUGGAGAACAUAUUAUCAUGGGCAGCUUACAAGGCUUCCUGUCCAUAAGAGAUCUCCACAGUUUGAAUCUCAGCAUGAACCCAUUAGCCAUGCGAAUGCCUAUCCACUGUGUUUGUGUAACCAAAGAAUACAGCCAUAUUCUUGUAGGAUUAGAAGAUGGCAAGUUGAUUGUAGUGGGUGUUGGCAAGCCAGCUGAGAUGCGUUCAGGUCAGCUUUCUCGAAAAUUGUGGGGAUCUAGCAAGCGACUCAGCCAGAUUUCAGCUGGAGAAACUGAAUAUAAUACUCAAGAUUCCAAGUGAUUACUAUUUCCAUCUUCUGUCAUGGAUAAAUGAAACUUGAUUUAUUGCUUUGUCACUUUAACCACAUCUCUCAACUAUCUGAAAUAUAUCAGGGCUUUUAUCACUGAAAAUCAUUUAGCGAUUACCAAAAUUCAGUGUGCUAUGUGUGUAUAAAGACACAGGUUGUAUUAUUAUCCACUUUAAAAAUUUCUGGUUAACAAUGAAUCCAGUCUUACUAGUUCUUGAUCUACAUCAAGGUGGAUUUGAGAAAAUACAAUUGAAUUAGAUUUGUGGUUCAUUCCUAAAGAUCAUUAGAGCCAUUGGGGGAAAAAACUCCCAAAAAUGAAGAAAUUGGAUAUAAUUCCAUUAUUAUUCUAAACACCAAAAUUUAAGGUAUUUCUAAGAAGAGUACAGAUGAUGGGACAGUUGAGAGAGAUGGCUUUUAAUGUAUUCUUUAGUUAAUCAUUUUCCUAUUUACUGACCACCAUAUUUAAAAAUAUAUAAACUUAUUUAUGGAACUCCUGAUUGGGGUAAUAUUUUAAAGGCACCUGUUGCACACUUGGAUUUUCAAAACUCAGUGUAAAUUCCAGGUUUUCAUGAUAAGUUGAAUAUAAGACAGUUGAAACCGGUACAUUGGGUCAUUCCACUACUACUUAGCUUAUUACUAAUGAGAACUUACUGAAAUACAUUAUUAUGCUUAAAUAAUAAAGGUUAAGUAGGAAUAAGAGAAACUAGAGAUAUAUUUUGCAGAUGUAUUUCAUUAGUAGUAUAAUUAAGGAAAAAUGCUGAUUAUGAUUUUGACAGGUGGACCCUUUAAGUAUUAGCAUUUGCAACACAAUUUAUAUCUGCCAAGUUCAAAUUGUCUUGGCUUAUUCUUUACUAAGCAAAUACUUUGUCUUUCCCCAUAAUUAGAAAUGUUAGCAAUGAUACCCAAAUACAUUAACAUUUUUACCUACAACUUCCAUGUGAUUGAUAAAUGAAAAGAUAUGCAUCACUUAAACUAGUCAUUUAGAUAUAGUAAUUUUUAAAAACAUUUCUAUUUCAUGUUAUGUAUAACUUUUAAGAUAAUUUUAUUAUACAUAGUUAAGUAUUACAUAUGCUUAAUGUUCAAUAUUUUAAAGUAAAAAGCUGAUAGAUUUAUUUUGGAAUUCAAAGAGAUUGUUAAACCUAGUGCUUUUAUAAGGUCAUCUUUUGAGUUAGGUCAGAGAGCUUUUACAACUACAAGUGUCCUUAAACUGAGAUUCCAUGGGUUUGGGGGAAUUUAUGAAUCCCCUGAAAUUGUGUGGAAAUUCCAUGUGUUAACUGCAUUUUUUUCAGAAGUGAGUGUGUGGCUUUCAUAAAGGGGUCUGUGAUCAGAAGGAAAAAAAAGACUUCUCACAGUAAUAGUUGCUUAUAAAAUAAUAAUAUUCCUUUUUAUUCCACAUAGAUUUCCUUACAUCUGGUUGUCUUCUCAGUGGCAUCUUUAAGAAACUUUCCCUCUGUAAUUCUUCUCUUCAGUUGUCCACAGUAUCCAAUACCAUUCUCUUUAUAAUCCUAUGAGUGAGUAAAAAAAAUUUAAGAGAAGUACAGGGUUCAGUUUAGGGAAGCUUUUUGAAUAGAUGUGAUCUGUUUGAGUCAGGACUAAUAACUUAUAGAAGAAUUUUUCCUUCCAAUUAUUUAAAAUCCCCUGUUUUGUUCAGUAAAAAAAAAACAUACAGUUAUGUUUUAGGUAAAUAACACUGAAAUAAACUGGUGCAGCAAGUGUAAAAUGGAGCAUAUGUAAAUGUAAAGAUUUCCUUUUUAAGGACUUCAGAAAUUUGUGAUGAAAAUGUCUCAAAACAAGUCAAUAGAGAUAAUUAUGAUUUAUUGAGAUUUGUUGCUUCUAUUUAUUUAAUUCUAUUUCUGUUUUUUAUAUUACAUCUUUUAGGAGGUUUCAAGUCAUCAGAACCAACAUGAUUGACUUUUGAUAUUUUAAAUGUUGAUUUUUAAAAAAAACUUUUCUGAAUCAAAAUUUUGGAAAUUUUUCUUUUGCUUACUUAUCCAGAGAUUUUGGUAUAAGGAUGCCUUAUUUUUAAGGUUACUUAAUACUGGCUUUGGAAUUAUUUUGGAUGGAUGCUUACAAAUUACAAAGAAGUUUAACUUAUCAGGGCAAAAUUCCUAAAUUUAUGGUGUUUUACUUUGCUGCUCUUUAGAUGGAAGAACUGAACAAGCAGUAUUCAUUUUAUAGCACAAAUAGAAGACCCUUUGUUCACAGUAAAAUAAAUAUCCUACCUAGACUAACAGUAGAUGCUCAGAACUGUGGAAUUCUUCCUAUAUUACUUUUUCCAAAAAGUAAAAACCAAAAAUGUAAGAUUUUCAGGGAAAUCUGAGAAUACUAGCAUUAGUCUAGAGGAAUGGAACUUGAGUUUAUCUAUUAAAGUAAGCAAAUAUAGUAGAACCAUUAGCUGAAAAAUAUAAGCCUCUUUUAAACAGUGUAGCCCACUGAAUUAAAAAUGACUAGAUAAAAUCACUGGAAAGAUAUACUUUGGGGGAUUCUGGUGUAUUUAGAUGUUAUCCGUAGAAGAUGUUUCUAUUUAUAUAAUGGGAUAAAUGAACAACAGUAUGAUUAGAAUGGAAUAACAGGUGAUUUCAGUUGAUCAGUAUAAUAACUUAGUAUAAUAACUUAGCUGCUAUGAAGUUUAUUAUGUAAAGAAAUUCUCAUCUGCUUUUGUUUCUUGACACUGGUGAUGAUGGAAAUAAAAAAUCUGGUGAUGGGUAGAGAUUUAUACUAGGAUAAUGAUUUUGCUCUUACAAAGUGAGGUCUCAAGUAUUAAAACAUAACAAUAGCUGUGUUCAUUUAGAGAAUAAAGAACCAGUUUUUCACUCUCCAAUCAGUAUUCUGUUAUAAUUAGAAUUGGAGGAGAGAAGAAAAAAUAGAUCAGGGCAUGGAAAUUAGAAAAGUAUAUGAUGAAAAUAAAGCUUGUCCAGUUGGCUUACAUUAAGCCUGUGAAGCUCGUGUCAGCUAUUAAUAAGUUUCUAUCUAUUAGUUUCCAUUAGGUCACAGUGCUUUUUUUAGGUCACAUCCUUUUUGUAGGGGAGAAAAUGCCGGGUAUUCAUGUCAUUAGCAAGGAAUGUCAGUGAGGCUUCCUUUUUUACUCAAUGUAAGGCAUAUAACAAUUAUCCUUAAAGAACUGGUAUUGAGAAUCAGUUUUAUGCAUCUGAAGGGAGUAAGUGUAUCCUCAUAAUUAAUUAGAAUUUAGAUUUGAAAGUUGAAUCUUAACCUAAGAUUGUUUAUAUUUUACUCGAAUAAGAGUAGGCAGAGAAAAUUUUAACUUGAAUACCAGAUUUUUAUUUAAUGAUGAUAGACACAUGGCCUUUGCCUUUAGGUAUAUUUUUAUUGUUGUUACUAAAGAAAUCACUAAUGGAAAUCUUUUAAAUUUAAAGAGGUUAGCCCCUUUUAUAAAUAUUUACAUUUAUAAAAAUGAGUAGCAUUGUUUUUAUUACCCUUCCAAUGAAAAGAUGCAAGUGCAUGAACUAUAUUAAAUAUAAAUAUUAAAUAAUAUAUAUAUAUAACAUGUACUGUCAUAGGGUGUGUGUGGGAAUGAGUGAAGGUUGGUCUCUUCAAAUACAUUAAUACAAUUGUCUUCCAUAAAUAAGUUCUUAAACCUGUCUGUGGGAUAAAAUUUUUGACUGAUAAAAAUGCAUAUAUAUUUUUUCUUUUCUAAAUCGAAUCUGUUGUUUUCCUCUAUCACCCAGACUGCUAGCUUGUCCUAAUUAUUGUUCAUCAGCUGAUUCUGUUCUUUCCCAGUAAGUGGCCAAUCUUAAAUAUUUUUAUUACUCCCAACAAAUAUCCAUUCUCAAUAUUCUUUUUAACCAAAUUCCUUUAUCAUAUAUACGCAACAUUUGUUUUGCUUUAAAUUUAACCCCAUCCAGAGCAUUGUUCUGAAGAGCUUUCCUAUAUCAGAGUCCCGGUGGUGCUUUUUCUGAUGACAUUACUGCAACAACAAAUACAAUGUUAUCACUCAUCAUUUCAAUAUUUAUUAAAAUGUUGGCCACAACUUCUUUAAUUUGAAUCUAGCAUUUCUAAGCCAGUGUUUCUUAAAAUUGAGAUUGCAGAUCAGACUUGUCCAUGAAGUUCUAUAAAUAUACAGAAGUCUAGGCACUACUCUGGACGUUCUGAAUUUCUUUACUUAGUAUAAAAAAAAUUGUCUCAGAAUUCUUAUAUUAAGUCUUAAAAUAUUUUCCACUAUGGAAAUUAUAUCCAUUUUUAUAAAUCAGAUUGCUUAUUCACAGACAUAUAUGAAAAUAGGUUUAAUCAUUAUCCUUGGAGACAUUUUUCUAAAAUUUGCUUGGAAUGGCUUUCUUUGUUUAGCUUGCCACUGAAACAACCAAAUUUCCUUUUCAGUUGCAUUAUUAUUAUAACUUUCUUCAGACCUUUCACAUUUGAAUAUUAUAACUAACAUUUGCUCCCAAAAAAGUGUGUUUGCUUUUAUUACUUCCUAGUGAGUCAGUGAGUAUUUGCAUAUUUGAAUUAAGUAACAUUUUAAAGUAUUAAUAAAAAGCAUGAGUCACAAAAUGCUAGGUUUAAAAAUAGAAUUAGGUCUUUCAUAGCCUUGAAGGUAGUAAUCAAUAGAAUUUUUCUAAUUAAAAAGCAUUGGAUAUAUUCCCUAAGUACUUCUGAUGACUUCUCAAUAUGGAAAUAAUCUUUAAUUUUUUCAUAUAAAAAGUCCUAGUAUUACAGAAAAUAAAGGAUUAACAUUUAAAAUAUUUAGGCCUGUAUUGGAAAUGAUGUAAUUUCCUAUGUUAAAAAUAUAAAGCCAUCCUACAUAUAGGAGUUAUGUGAUUUUCUUCAGUUUAAGAACCCUGUCUAAAAGUGGCUAUAUUAUCAUAAACUUUUGGGCUAGAUUGUAUAAUUCAUCAGACAUACCUUAGAUUAUCUCACUGACAUUUGUCACAUGUGGGUGAUUUCUAAACACAUUACAAGAUUUGGACUUAUGAAGCUAAUGGCUGUAGUGAAAAAUAAAAGGACAGAUAUACAACUGUAUUUACUUUUAUCUUAAUGCCUAUAAUCUUAUAAACUGAAAAUUCAAGGGAAAAGAACAAAUAGAAAGUCACUAAUCUAAUAUCUGUUUUCUGUGGUAUAGAUUUUUAAUGUUUCCCUGGAAACUUAUUUUGCAAAUAUUACGAUAACAACAGCACAGUUCUGUCACUGAAUUACCCAUUCAUUUUUCAAAGUUGACGGUUAGUGGAGUUUUGGGUGUGUUUGUGUGUGUUUUUCCACUUAUAAUAUGAUGGCUGUCUCAUUUAAAAUUUAAACCUAUUUUUGAAUGUACAAAUGAUUAGUUACUUGUAAUACUACAAUGUAGCACUGUAAUUUAAGAAUAAAAAAUUUAGGUAGGGUUGAAAAAUAAAAUUAUAUUUUUUUGAUUAAAAUAUAAACUUUUUUAAAAAGUCUUAUUCCAAUUGGACCUGUUAAAAUUUUAUUUUGGUAAUAAUAUAUUUCAAAAUAAUAGGUAUUAAAACCAGAGGUUCUCUGGUAGCCAGGGUACUAACUAGUUAAUGUUAAAAUGCUAUUUUUGAUGUUCCUUCCUUUGGAAACAUUUCAUACACUAUCCAAACAAUGUGUUUUAAGAUUUAGUGGGCUCAACCUAUACAACAAAUGCCCGUCUUGAAUUUUGAAGGAAAAAAACUUACCUGUAAUUGGCAUUAUUUUGCUCUUCAGAAUGUUAAAAUCAUAUUAAUCAAUAAACACUUUAGAAGUGGUUCUGGUAAGGAGAUAUUGUUAGACCUAACUGAAAAAAAAUCAACCUCUUAAUUUCUUAUAUAGGGAUUAAAGAAAAUAACUUUAUUUCUUCCUUUGGGAUUUUGAUUGCUUUUAAAAGUAUCAUAGUUUCUACCUUCUUCUGAAAUUAUGAUAUAUUACAGUAGAUCUUGCUGUCAAAGAUCUUUUACAUUUUAGACUUUUUUUCCCCUCUUCUAGCAUUUUACUGCUCUCUGUGAUUCAAAAAUACUAUCACCAAAAAUAUUUGUGGAUACUGUUUAUUUUAUAAUUAGCUUUCUGUAAGAAAAAUUGUUAGCAAACUGUAUGGCUGGUCUGUUCUCUUCAGAAACUCCUAAGGAGUAUCGUUUUCCUUCCCCCAGUUGUUUGCUUUUAUAUACUUGGAGCAAAAAAUUUAGCAAAAAAUCAGAGAUUUAGCUAGACAUUUUCUAUCAGGUGCACUGCUAGAGAAAUGAAUCCAUCAAGACAGAAAAAUAUCAAACACACAUGAUUUGUCUCUUAUGUCAGUUUUUCUGGGACCCAGAUUAAAUAGGAACAUUUCAGUGUUAUCAUAGAGGGUGACAAUGACUUGAAUGCAUGUGAACACACAUAGAGGAGGAUAGCUGAAAAUUCAGAAUUACUUGUUUAAAAAAAAUACUUGCAAAUUGUGCUGCUACUUAAAUAUUUAAGGAAUUCAAAAGUAGUUAUCAUAAAACGUUCCUGCUCAUUUAUUCUGAUGGAAUUGACAUGAAAAAGAGAAUAUUAAGUCUUAUUUAUAUCUAAUUAUUGACUGUGCAAACUGUGACUCAAUGAAUAUUUGUAUGCCAAAAAAUGGUCUUAAAGUUGAGAAAAUUUUAGAUUUAAUAAAGAUGUGUAAAUAAUUUUGAUUAGUCUUCUCAUUAUAAUGAAGUUACUGUUAAUUUGGUGCAAUACAUUCUUUCCUUCCUCAUCUUUUUAAGAUUAAAUAUAUAAGAUGUAUGUUUUGUUUUAUUACAUUGGGUGUCUUAAAAUUUUUCACUGUGUGUAUAUGAGCUAAUAUUUGAUUUGUUUCUGUAUAGCAUGAUCGAAGAUAAUUGAGAAUUUUGCACUUUUUUUAGUCCUUUGGAAAUUUGUAUUCUAACAGUUUUGAAGAAUGUACGUUUAUUUUGUACAUAAUACAUUAGCUUUGUAUAUGAAAAUGGGUUUAAAUCAAAUAAAAAAAUGAUGUUACUUUCUUCA